AUGUAUAAUUGGAUCCCUAUUAUUGCAGCGACCAGUCUCUGCUUAUCAACAGCUUCUGCGGUCCCCAUCGAUUUAGUAAAAAGAUACGUUGAUAAUCCAACCGCCAAUUCUAGCAACUCAUCAGUGUAUGGUCAAUCAAAGUUCCAAUCAGUAUCCGAGAAGAAUUUGGCAUCAACUUACUACUCUACCGAUUCCAAUGGUUCCAAAUACAUUCAAUGGAAUUUCACCGUCACCAGUAUGAAUGUAACCCAAUCAGUGUCCUCGAGUAAAUUGAAAGCAAUUUCUGUUGACGAUACAACUUCGAGCAGCAGCAGCAGCAGUGCUAGUAGCACCAGUUCAAGUACUGCAAACUCUGCCAUUGAUAAAGUCAGUCAUUUUAUGGGAAACCUUUUGAAAAGAACAGACUCCGAAUCAAUGACCAUUGAAAACCAACAAACCUUCUACAGCGUGGAAUUAUCAAUGGGGUCAAGAGAACAAAAAGUCGAGGUGUUGUUGGACACAGGGUCCGCCGACCUAUGGGUUCCUACUAUGCAACUUUCCGAGGAUCUUGGUUAUUUCACCCCAGCGCAAUCCACCAGCUACAGAACCAUUUCCACCGGGUUUUCUAUUACUUAUGGCGAUGGUACCCAUGCGUAUGGAGAUUGGGCUACCGACGUGAUAAAAAUGGGAGAUAUCAGUGUUACUAAUGUGACCAUGGGGGUUUGCAACCAGGUCACUGCCGCGCAAGGUGUCUUGGGCUUGGGAUUCCAAGGUAAUGAAGUAGCUUCUAACAAAUACCCGAACUUCCCAAUGUUGCUUCAUAGCCAGGGACUUCUUGAUACCAUUAGCUACUCGUUAUAUUUGAAUACUGCAGCAAGCACCUCAGGGACUAUUUUAUUCGGAGCCAUUGAUACCGAGAAGUAUGAAGGGGACUUAGUGAAAUUGCCAGUGCUUCAUAUUAAUGAUGGUGGGAACCCAACUGCAGUUCCAGUUGCAUUCUUUGUUAAUCUUGUUUCCAUCACCGGCCAGACCAAACAUAACAUUCCGACUCUCUUCACUAGUGACGAACUGUCGUCAUCAUCAUCAUCGGCUUCGGUUUCACAUCCUGCUUUAUUGGACUCGGGAACCACAUUGAUUAACGCCCCUAAUAGCGUAUACAAGGCAAUUGGUAGUGCUUAUGGAUACCAUUUACCAAAGCUUGGUUAUGUCGAAGCCUGUGAUCAUUGGGAUGAAAUAACAUCCUUGCUGAAUAUGUUACACAUGGACGAUGAGCCUGCCUGGCACCCUAAAUCUCAAGAGAGAUGCUUUGUGUACCAUGGCCCGGUUCUUUACGAUUCGACCAUCAAGUUUUUACACCAAGCGAAUUCCGAAGACAUCAUUGGGAAGAAGCAAGAGGCGUUCCUGUUAAAAGAACAAGUAGAUGGUAACAAGAUCCACGGGCUUCCAUCGAGAUUAAUGGGGGUUGAAGCAUAUUAUAUCCAUUACAAGAACUGGCCCAAAGCCUGGGAUGAAUGGGUGGAUAUCAGCCGGAUGCUACCGUACAAUUCUGAAAAUAUCCGCAAGUGCAAAGAAUUAUUGGCCAAUGCCAUCAAUAGUCGGGGAAGGGUGGAAAUUGAAGUCAGUGAAGAUCGGUACCGGGACGAAGCAAACGAUAGUAGGACCAGCAGCAACGCUCGGACCCGGACCAGAACCAGUAAUAGUAAGGAUAGCCUGACCCUGGAGAACAGUGAUGACCAAGGAAUCCAAAAGUUUUUCCCUAGUAGACGGUUGGAUGAUGAUGAUUCCUUCAUUAAAAUCCAGCGGUUUUUAGUGAAAGCACCAUUUAUAAUUGAUAUUCCCCAAGUGCUUCGACGGAAGCUUGUUGGUGAUUGCCAGAAUGUUAAGCUCCGAAACAUGUUGGUGAAAAUUCCCGUGAAUAUCCUGAUAAUCAAGAUUUUGGACAGGUAUACGAAAUACUAUGCAGCUAAGGUAAGAAAAUUGGAAAGCUCAGGUAGUUGGAGUGGCAAUUCUGGAGGCAGUAAUAGAAGGGUAUCGACGCGGGUAUCGAGGACGGUUGAGAACGCCAGAGCCAAUAACACUAAUAUCACCAACGACAACAACUUCAUGGUGUACUCGGAGUUCUUAUCGGAAUUUGUUGACAGUAUCAAGAAGUUUCUUAUGAGGAGUUUCCGCAACUUGGUGCUCUACGGCUUUGAACAUCAACAGUUGGAUGAUUAUCUCAAGAAGAAAACCAGGGCUGAUAAAUCGACAGUGAUCCUUGAGGCCUAUGGCAUCGAGCAUUUUUUGCGGUUCUUGAUGAUAUUGCCCAGCUUGAUUUGUGAAUAUCUAGUUGAUGAUCAGGCCAGGGAGAUUUCCAAGUUCUUUAUCCAGAGCAUUGUGGAUUUCGUCAGUUUGAAGCGUGAGGACUUCUUUCCGCUUGAUAAAGGGAUCCAGGAGGAUUUGAUCGAUGAUAAUCAGGGGAAUUAUUACAGGGCGCCUGGGAAUUACAAGGUGAAUGCAUGA